AUGUCAUCGAUAACCUCAAGACAGACAUCGAAGCCGCCCAAGUUCGUCAGUGCUAGCGCAACCAUGGCGACCGACACGUCGAAUGCCUUUCCUUGCGCGCUGACGCUGGACAUCCCCUUCCCCGACGCGCGGCUCGCCUCGGUGGCUCUUCAGGCGCUGAGUGUUGACAAAGAGCUCUCUUCUCUGGUCAAGCGCGAUCUGACUGCCGUUACUGCCGAAGGGUCAUCGGACCCAACCGUCCUGCGAGUCGAGUACAAGGCUGCAACGAAUCGCAUGCUACGCGUCGCCGUCAACUCCUUCCUUGAAAGCCUGGCUUUGGUUUUGGAGGUACAGGAAGAGCUCGAUGUCGAUGCGGUGGAGGCACUUCAUGCACAGGGAGCCAGGGGGUGAGGGCGAAGCGGGCGACGGAAUGUAACACACCAACUGCUUUGCCGCCAUAACCAGCCGCUCAACCACGCUGCGCCAGCCUCCAAGGCUGAUUCACUAACCCCCGAUCUCACAUAGGGAUGGGGAGAGUGUGUAUGCGCAGGCCACGUAGCAUCGCGGCGCCCAUGUCCGUUGCUCGCGAAACUGGCGGCAGAACAGAUAUCGGCCUACCGGAAGGGGGUAUCAUGGUAUUCAGACCUGUAAACACAUCACUAGAGUCCAUCCAACAACCCAUCGGUUGCCUUCCGAUCACGGUUGUUCUUCUUUGACGUGCAAUCCAGGCGACGCCUCACUGGCCCCAAUACGUCGUUGCA